AUGACGCAGCUGCCCAGGAAGAGCCUCCUUCGUCUGGGGGAGGAGGGAGGAGACUGGGUCACCACCGACAAGCCUGGGUCAUCCUGGAACAGACACAUGGGCCUGGGUCAGUGUGGAACAGACACAUGGGCCUGGGUCAGUCUGGAACAGACACGUGGGCCUGGGUCAGUCUGGAACAGACACGUGGGCCUGGGUCAGUCUGGAACAGACACGUGGGCCUGGGUCAGUCUGGAACAGACACGUGGGCCUGGGUCAGUCUGGAACAGACACAUGGGCCUGGGUCAGUGUGGAACAGACACAUGGGCCUGGGUCAGUCUGGAACAGACACAUGGGCCUGGGUCAUCCUGGAACAGACACAUGGGCCUGGGUCAGUGUGGAACAGACACAUGGGCCUGGGUCAGUCUGGAACAGACACGUGGGCCUGGGUCAGUCUGGAACAGACACGUGGGCCUGGGUCAGUCUGGAACAGACACGUGGGCCUGGGUCAGUCUGGAACAGACACGUGGGCCUGGGUCAGUCUGGAACAGACACAUGGGCCUGGGUCAGUGUGGAACAGACACAUGGGCCUGGGUCAGUCUGGAACAGACACGUGGGCCUGGGUCAGUCUGGAACAGACACGUGGGGCCUGGGUCAGUCUGGAACAGACACAUGGGCCUGGGUCAGUCUGGAACAGACACGUGGGCCUGGGUCAGUCUGGAACAGACACGUGGGCCUGGGUCAGUCUGGAACAGACACGUGGGCCUGGGUCAGUCUGGAACAGACACAUGGGCCUGGGUCAGUCUGGAACAGACACAUGGGCCUGGGUCAGUCUGGAACAGACACGUGGGCCUGGGUCAGUCUGGAACAGACACAUGGGCCUGGGUCAGUCUGGAACAGACACGUGGGCCUGGGUCAGUCUGGAACAGACACGUGGGCCUGGGUCAGUCUGAACAGACACAUGGGCCUGGGUCAGUCUGGAACAGACACGUGGGCCUGGGUCAGUCUGGAACAGACACGUGGGCCUGGGUCAGUCUGGAACAGACACGUGGGCCUGGGUCAGUCUGGAACAGACACGUGGGCCUGGGUCAGUCUGGAACAGACACGUGGGCCUGGGUCAGUCUGGAACAGACACAUGGGCCUGGGUCAGUGUGGAACAGACACAUGGGCCUGGGUCAGUCUGGAACAGACACAUGGGCCUGGGUCAUCCUGGAACAGACACAUGGGCCUGGGUCAGUGUGGAACAGACACAUGGGCCUGGGUCAGUCUGGAACAGACACGUGGGCCUGGGUCAGUCUGGAACAGACACGUGGGCCUGGGUCAGUCUGGAACAGACACGUGGGCCUGGGUCAGUCUGGAACAGACACGUGGGCCUGGGUCAGUGUGGAACAGACACAUGGGCCUGGGUCAGUGUGGAACAGACACAUGGGCCUGGGUCAGUCUGGAACAGACACAUGGGCCUGGGUCAGUCUGGAACAGACACGUGGGCCUGGGUCAGUCUGGAACAGACACAUGGGCCUGGGUCAGUCUGGAACAGACACGUGGGCCUGGGUCAGUCUGGAACAGACACGUGGGCCUGGGUCAGUCUGGAACAGACACGUGGGCCUGGGUCAGUCUGGAACAGACACAUGGGCCUGGCUGAAGGUGCGGAUCACUCAUGUAUCCCUCCGCUGCGACCUAAGGACGGGACUAGUUCUUAGGUCGCACUCAUGUAUCCCUCCGCUGCGACCUAAGGACGGGACUAGUUCUUAG